GCGCAGGUAGCCGCGUUUCCGGGAGCCGAGCGCGGGGGGCGGGCGGGGGCUCCGCAGCCCGGCGACCCCCGCGCGUGCGGGGCGGCGUGUCCCGGGCUCCCCUCCCCCGGCCGCCCGGCGCAGAUAAAGCAUUUCCUUCCAUUGUCAUCCUACCCGGCCGGCCCGGCUGCCAGGGCCCUCCCCCGCCCGGCCCCCUCCCUUCCUCCCGCGCCGCACAGUCGCGCUGCAGCCUCCGGCGCCGCGGCCCCGCUCCGAGGCCGACCCAGGCCCGCGCUGAUGGGACCCAGGUGAGCCCACUGCCCCUGCCCCCCGGGCACAGGCUGCCUCGCCCCCGAGCACCCGCGCCUGGCCCUCAGCCCCGGCCCAUGGACCUGCAGGUGGGCCCGAGGCCCACAGUGGAGCCCCCGCCCGAGCGCGGCCUGCUGUCCCUGCAGCACCCCCUGCCCCUGCACCUCUUCCUGGCGGGCCUGCAGCACCAGCCCUGCCCGCAGCUCUCCAUGGACGCGCCCAUGCCCGAGCUGCCGGGGGCGCAGCAAGAGCAGGAGGUGCGGCAGCUCCUGGACAAGGACAAGAGCAAGUGGAGCGCCGUGGCCAGCAGGGAGGUGCGGCAGAAGCUGGCGGAGGUGAUCCUCAAGAAGCAGCAGGCGGCCCUGGAGACGGCCGUGCUCCCUGGCAGCCCCGGCCUGCCCUACAGAGCUCCCAAGCCCCUGGAGACGGAUGGAGCCCCCUGCCCCGUGCUCGGCAGCUUCUUGCCCCCUGUGCCCGGCCUGUCCAGCGACCCCCCAGAGCACUUACCUCUACGGAAGACAAUCUCGGAGCCCAACGUGAAGCUGCGCUGCAAACCCAAGAAGCUCCCGGAGGGGCGGAAGAACCCGCUGCGCAGGAAGGGGAGCGCCCCGUCCAACCUGCACCUCCGCCGGCGGCCCGCCGAGCCCCUGGGAGAGUCCCCUCCCAGUAGUAGCAGCACGCCCACAUCAGGGUGCAGCUCCCCCAGUGACAGCAAGCAUGGCCCCCACCCCGUCCUGGGCUCGGAGCGGCCGCGGCUGCAGGACACCUCUCUGGCCCCCUUCGCCUUGCUGCCCGCAAUCACGCUGGGGCUGCCCGCCCCCGCCAGGGCUGACGGUGACCACAGAACCCACCUGACCCCGGGCCCCCGAGGGCCCAUCGUGGGGAGCCCCCAGGCGCCCCUCUUCCUGCUCCCUGGCCUGGAGCCUGUUCUCCUCCUGGACCCCUCUGUGUCCCACAGCCCCCUGCUGACUGUGCCCGGGCUGGGGCCCCUGCCCUUCCACUUUGCCCAGUCCCUACUGACCACCGAGCGGCUCUCCGGGUCAGGCCUCCACUGGCCGCUGAGCCGGACCCGCUCGGAGCCCCUGCCGCCCUCCCUGGAGCAGCUCAAGCCUCACGUCCAGGUGAUCGAGAGGCCGGCCCAUCCCCGGGAGCAGCCCGGAGUGAGGGAGAGACCCUCGGCCAAGGCCCUGCAGGCGGAUGGCGGGGGCCUGGGGCAGCUGGUGGACGACGGCCCAGAGCCCAGGGAGUCCGAGCGCAGCCAGCGGGAGGCCCGGGGGCCCCUUCCUCUCCAGCAGCAGCAGCAGGUGUUCCUGUGGGAGCAGCAGCGACUAGCCCGGCGGCUUCCUGGGGGGGCCACAGGGGACUCGGUGCUGCUUUCCCUGGCCCGAGGUGGCCACCGGCCCCUGUCCAGGACUCAGUCGUCCCCAGCGGCACCUGCCUUGCUGCCCACCUCAGAACCCGCCAGCCAGGCCCGUGUCCUCUCCAGCUCAGAGACCAGCACUGGGACCCUGCCCUUUACCACAGGGCUGGUGUAUGACUCGGUGAUGCUGAAGCAUCAGUGCUCCUGUGGAGACAACAGCAGGCACCCGGAGCACGCGGGCCGCAUCCAGAGCAUCUGGUCGCGGCUGCAGGAGCGGGGGCUGAGGAGCCAGUGUGAGUGUCUCCGGGGCCGCAAGGCCUCGCUGGAGGAGCUGCAGUCCGUGCACUCGGAGCGGCACGCGCUGCUCUACGGCACCAGCCCGCUCAGCCGCCUCAAGCUGGACACCCGCAAGCUGGCAGGGCUCCGGGCAGAGCGGAUGUUCGUGAUGCUGCCCUGUGGCGGGGUUGGGGUGGACACGGACACCACGUGGAACGAGCUGCACACCUCCAACGCCGCGCGCUGGGCUGCCGGCAGCGUCACCGACCUCGCCUUCAAGGUGGCGUCCCGGGAGCUAAAGAAUGGUUACGCUGUGGUUCGACCCCCAGGACACCAUGCAGACCAUUCCAUUGCCAUGGGCUUCUGCUUCUUCAACUCAGUGGCCAUCGCCUGCCGGCAGCUGCAGGAGCAGGGCAAGGCCAGCAAGAUCCUCAUUGUGGACUGGGAUGUCCACCAUGGCAAUGGCACCCAGAAGACCUUCUACCAGGACCCCAGCGUGCUCUACAUCUCCCUGCAUCGCCAUGACAACGGCAACUUCUUUCCAGGCAGUGGGGCUGUGGAUGAGGUUGGGGCCGGCAGUGGUGAAGGCUUCAACGUCAACGUGGCCUGGGCUGGAGGUCUGGACCCCCCCAUGGGUGACCCCGAGUACCUGGCUGCCUUCAGGGUAGUCGUCAUGCCCAUUGCCCGAGAAUUUGCCCCGGACCUGGUCCUGGUGUCGGCCGGGUUUGACGCUGCUGAAGGUCACCCCGCCCCACUGGGCGGCUACCAUGUUUCCGCCAAAUGUUUCGGCUACAUGACGCAGCAGCUGAUGAGCCUGGCGGGAGGGGCCGUGGUGCUGGCGCUGGAGGGCGGCCACGACCUCACGGCCAUCUGCGACGCCUCCGAGGCCUGCGUGGCCGCCCUGCUGGGCAACAAGGUGGACCCGCGCUCCGAAGAAGGCUGGAGGCAGAAGCCCAACCUCAACGCCAUCCGCUCCCUGGAGGCCGUGAUCCGGGUGCACAGUAAGUACUGGGGCUGCAUGCAGCACCUGGCUUCCUGCCCAGAGUCCUGGGUGCCCGAGGCCAGCGCAGAAGAGAUGGAGGUGGUGACCACCUAGGCGUUCCCCUCCGCGGGCAUCCCAUCUUAAGAGAGGCCGUCAGGACAGCUGGCGGAGGACGGACCGAUGGCGACCCUCAGCCCUCAGAACCGUCUGCCCAUCCCACCCUGCCCGCCUACCUGGGUCUCUGUCCCUGGGGUCUUCAGAGACUUGGCGGGCAGGCCGGGGGCCCCGGGAGCACUGGGCUCUAGGCUGGGAACCAAAGAAGAGCCGAGAGGCGGCAGGCCAGAGCAGGUCAUCCUGCGGGGUCCGGCCCCCCCUUCCUCAGGACCACACAGGACACGGGCGCGAGCGCCCCUGUAACCACUGUCCUCAGCUCCGCAGUCCCAGACUUGGCACACAGAAAUGUGAACUGGGCCUUAGCCGGCCUGGCCCUCCCACACGGGCUCGAGAAGCCUCACCCAGCCCCGGACAGUGAGACGCAGCCACCAGCCAAGCCCCUGUCUGUGUGGCCCCCCUGCCCACCUCAGGGGCCCUGGAAGGGGCGGGGGAGGGUAGGCGGGGGCUCCUGUGGUCGCACUUCCUGACAAUGGUGCCAAACGUUCAUCUCCCUCCAAAGCACAGCGCCACCUCCAGGGAGCCCUCCAGGAGCCUCGUCUCAUUCUGGGGUUUCCCCCACACCCCCUGACCCUAGCGCUGACGCCUGUCCACCACGGACUAGCCUGGCUGAGGGAGAAAAGGUCGGGAGAGUGGACCGCAGGACUGGGAAGCUGUUGGCAAAGGCUUCAAGGCUCCUGGGGUAGAGCCUGGGGCCAAGACAGAAAGUAUUUGUGUGUGUGAGGGGUGUGUGCGCGUGUGCGUGUGCGUGUGUGCGUGUAUGUGUGUGUGUCUUCCCCAGGACCCACCAUAUCCUGUUGUAUGUAUGCAUGUUUUUGUAAAAAAAAAAAAGGGAGGGGAUCUGAACAAUAAAUGUUUCAUUUGCCUUAAGG